AUGAUAACCCUGCACCUAGUGUUGCAUAGACCUGAAAAAGACAGCAUCUCGCGCGAUCCGAAUUGGGGCCCGUAUCUCUCUACCUUGCCCAGAGAAUUCAGCAGUCAUCCCAUGACGUGGGCCGUACGGAACCAUUUUGGGCUCGAAACUGCAUUGGAAAAGGAUCUGCUGUCGCUCUUGCCCUCGGCAGUCAUGUCUGCACUGGGCGAGCGAGUGUGCCGGUUCGCAGCGGACUGGAAAGCCAUCUGCAGCUAUGUCCCCUCCUGCACACUAUUGACCCGCAUUUACCCCCUUGUAGUCAACACGCGUUGCGUGUAUUAUCAGCUAGACCCGAGCUCAUUGGCCCCGGAAAAUCUGACCCUGUGUCCAGUUCUCGACUUUGCAAACCAUAGGCCACAUGACACCCAUAUCAUCCCUGUGUCACCUUCAUCAAUAUUUCCACCAACCCCAGGUUCGUCCAGUAAAGGUCGACAUGGUCUUGGUGGCGAUUACACGUUUAUGGCGUCGAGCGAGACGCCAGUACACCAGGACGAAGAGCUCUUUCUCAGAUACGGCGGCCAUUCUAAUCGGAUGCUGUUCGUGGAAUACGGAUUCGUAAACCUGUGGAACGAGGGUGAAUGCACUGGAGGCCAAUUUGACGGAGAGGUCGACGUGCAAGAUAUGAUGGAAGAGCUCUUUGUCGUCAAGGGAGCCACGGGCGGGACUUUGAAGGACGCGCUAGAGGAAGAGGGAUAUUGGGGCGACUGGACGAUGCAUUCUCAGCCGACACCGGCACACCCUUCGUAUCGUCUCGUGUCCGCGCUUCGACUGUUACACGCCGCGGCGGAUGAUGCCACCGAAGAUGUUCUCGACCGCGCGCUCGAGCAGUGGCGGGCUGUGCUCUGGGGACAAGUAGAGCAAAUAUCCGAAGAGAACGAAAAGGCCUGGCGGAAUACGCUUCCUCUCAUGUGUCAACGGAUUGCGAGGAAGGCCAGGGCGGAAAUCCAGUCGAUGCAGAGGCAUGGCUUGCAGCCGAACGGGCUGGAAGACCCUGCGUGGAAAGGAUGGAUGCUGAAGAACAUCGAUAUGCUGUGGCGAGAAGAAUACGAAGUGGCAGAGGCUGUUGGAGAGAGCGUCCGAGUAGGAGUAGAUUUCUGA